AUGAGUAAACCAGUGCUUGAUUUUGGACUGGGGUCAUUGGACUUCAAGAACAAGUUUUUAGCCGGUGGUAAUGGUAAUAAUGAUGGUAAAGAUGAGAUAUACAAAGACAAGAGUGAAUCUCCAAAUGAUACUCAAAAAGACACAGAUCUGUCUGGUAAGGAAUCAGUGGCUAAUGAUACCACGAGAAAUAUUACUCCAAGUACUCAAGUAAGCUUGGGCUCAUCGAUAAUAGAAAAAAAUACAAAUGCUAAAGUAAUCACACUACCCAAUGGUAAAAUAGUAAAUUUGAAAAAAAAACCUUCGAGACAAGAAGAUCCUGAAUCUGCAAUUGAUGCUCUCAAACAAGAAAAGGAAAAUUAUGGAUUUAAUAUAAAUGAACUAUAUGGUAGACUUGAAGUGAAAAGAUUGAAAGAAGCUCCAUCUUCAAGAAAUCAAGAUUCAUAUAUACCACAAAAUAAUAUAUUAUGGGCUGAAAAAUGGAGACCAAAAUCAUUUUUCGAUUUAUUGGGUAAUGAAGCUACAAAUAGAAGAAUUCUCAAAUGGAUUAAAGAUUGGUCUAGAGUUGUUUUUGAUCAAAAUCUUAAACCUAUUACAACUGAAGAUUCAAAUCCACAAUCAAAGUUUACUGAUCCAUUUGGACGUCCAAGUAAAAAAAUAUUAUUGAUCCAUGGACCUCCAGGAUUGGGGAAAACUACAGUGGCUCAUGUUAUUGCCAAACAAGCUGGUUAUGAAAUUAUGGAAGUUAAUGCAAGUGAUGAAAGAUCUGGACAAAGAGUUAGAGAUAAGAUUAAUAAUUCUUUAAAUUCUCAAACUUUUUCAGGAAAACCUGUUUGUUUAAUUGCAGAUGAAGUUGAUGGCGCUGCUGAAUUUGGAUUUGUUAAAGUGCUUUUAGACUUGAUAAAUGAAGAUUCUAGAGCUGUUUAUAAAUACCAAAAUUCUGAAAGUAGUAAGUUCAAAGAAGAUAAUGGUAAAAAGAAAAAACAACCUAAAUUUUUAUUAAGACCAAUCAUUGCAAUUUGUAAUGACCUUUAUGCACCAUCAUUAGAAAAAUUAAGAGCACAAUCAGAAAUUAUUAAUUUUAAAGCACCAACUGAAAGAGAAUUACGUGAUAGAUUGAGAGAUAUUUGUAAACAUGAAAAAAUUAACAUUACAAAUCAACAAUUACAAGAAAUUGUAUUAUUAGCAAAUUAUGAUAUACGGAGUUGCUUAAACAUUUUACAAUUUGGUGGUGGAUUAAAUAAUUCAAACGAUUUAAGGAAGAAAGAUAGCCAAGUUUCAUGGUUUUCAAUUGUUAAUGAAAUUUUCCGUAGAAGAAGGGAUAAAAAGAAAAAUGAACAAUUCAAGGAAUUAUCAGAAAUUAUAAAUAUCAAUCCAAGCUAUGAUAAGAUUAUAAAUGGUUGUUUCCAAAGCUACCACGACGUUACAUAUAAUGAUUCUCAAAUGUCCAAACCUGCCUUGAUUAGUGAUUGGUUAUUCUUUGGAGAUAUUAUGGGUAAAACAACAUAUGAAGGAUAUGGUGAUUUAAGUUAUUAUUCAUCACAAGUUGCAUUACAAUUUUAUAAUUUAUUUGGUGAUUUAGGUAAUAGAGAAAAUUUGAAAAUUAAAUCAGAUUAUGAACAUUUCGAAAGUAGAAGAUCAAAUUUUAAUUUAUUAAGACAAAUUCAUGGUAAUUUAAAUGCUCAAUUAAGAACAUUAUUAAAGCCACAUUAUUUAUCAACAGAUGCAUUACCAUUAUUAGAUCAUAUAAUCACACCAGAAUUGAAAAGUAUAAAUAACAUCAAAGAGAAUGAUCAAUUAAAACUUCGUCAAGCUGCUAAUGCAUUAAGUGGAUUUGGUUUACAAAUUACCGAUGCUAAAGAUGAUUCAUAUAAUGAUAUUUUCACAACUUAUCCACAAUUCCACACAAUUUCAAAAUUUGAUCCAUUAACAGUCAAAAAGCAAAACCAAAAAAGAACUCAAUUAUUCCCAUUAAUGUUGAAAGAAUUAGAUGUCAUGAAAGCUAAAAAAAGAGCAUUCUCAAAAGUUGAUCAAGGUGAAGGUCCAAGUGAUGGAGUUUCACAAACAAGUAAGGAUUUUAAUGCACUAAGAAAUCAAUAUGAACAAAUCGCAGAAGCUGAAGCUAAAAAUAAGAAACCAAAAACAGAAGUUAAAAUUUGGGUUAAAUAUCAUGAAGGUUUCUCAAACGCAGUGAGGAAACCUGUUAAAUGGAAUGCAUUAUGGGGUUAA